AUGGCAACAGCUCCAAUGAACAAGCCAAUGCCAAAGAUUGACUUCUCCAUCCCCAUUAGAGGAAGGUCCAUGAGAACCGACAAAGGAGAUCUGAAGAGCGUGGAUUUGGGGAAGCAAGCCACCACCGUGCAUCAAGCUCAAGCGAUCUGUGGAUUGGUCAAAGAUGACCAUUAA